UGGCUGCGUGCUCCGCCCCGAUUUCCAUGGAGACCCCUUGUACACAGCUUCCUCCAUCCACUCCACCUCAAGUGGGGCCGGCUGGCUGGACCAGCGCCCUGGGGCCCGUGAACAGCCGGUCCGCAGGAACGCUGGCCGUGGGGAGAGUGAAAUUCUUCGGCCAGCACCGCGGGGAGGUCAACUCCUCAGCCUUCUCUCCCGACGGCCAGAGGCUGCUCACAGCCUCUGAGGAUGGCUAUGUGUACGGCUGGGAGACCCAGAGCGGGCGGCUGCUGUGGAGGCUGGGUGGCCAUGCGGGCCCCAUCAAGUUCUGCCGCUUCUCCCCUGAUGGCCACCUUUUUGCCACAACCUCUGGUGACUGUACCAUCCGCCUGUGGGAUGUAGCAGAAGCCAAGUGUCUGCAUGUCCUGAAGGGUCACCAGAGGAGUGUGGAGACGGUUAGCUUUAGCCCUGACUCAAAGCAGCUGGCAUCGGGUGGCUGGGACAAGCGGGUGGUGCUCUGGGAGGUGCAGUCUGGCCAGAUGCUGCGCCACUUAGGAGGGCACCGAGACUCUGUCCAGAGCAGUGACUUCGCACCCAGCUCAGACUGCCUGGCCACUGGCUCCUGGGACUCUGCUAUCUGCAUCUGGGACCUGCGGACGGGGACCCCAGUGAUCUCCCACCAAGAGCUGGAGGGCCACAGUGGCAACAUCAGCUGCCUGUGCUACUCAGCAUCCGGCCUCCUGGCUUCUGGCUCCUGGGACAAGACCAUCCACAUCUGGAAGCCUUCCACCAGAAACCUGCUUGUUCAGCUCAAGGGCCAUGUCACCUGGGUGAAGAGCAUAGCUUUCUCCCCUGAUGGGUCACAGCUAGCCAGCGCUGGCUACUCCCAUAUGGUCAAAGUCUGGGACUGCAACACAGGAAAGUGCAUUGAGACUCUGAAGGUAAGUAAGAUCCACGGAUGUAGCACCCAAGGGUGUAGGAAAAGGCCUGCCAGGGGAGGUUGGGGGCAGGCAGGACUCGCAUUCCCAGAGCCCAGUGAAGUGCUUUCGGCAGGGAGUCCUGGAUGUGGCCCACGCCUGUGCCUUCACCCCAGAUGGGAAACUCUUAGUGUCUGGAGCUGCUGAUCAGGCAAGACGCCAACUUCGAUGCACGAUCAAAUCACCCAGAGCCUCUCAGAUAUAACAUCACCACAAAUG